CAGAGCGCAAGACAACAUACUUGACAUGACAUCGGAUUAUCAAAAACGCUGAGUAUGGCACAAACCUGUGGUGAAGCUAACCAAAGUUGAAGACAAUCCUAGGAGCAACGUCAAGGCCGCUACGACCUAUGCGCGACCCCGGAACUGCAUCCGGGACGGAAAGAUGGUCGACUCUGCAUCUUCUGCUGAACCUUAUAUCGCAAUUAGUUACGUAUGGGACACCCGUCCUUCUUUCAAAGAAUGGGAAGGCAGGCGGGUCACAGAGCAAGCAUUACACAUCGCCGACCGAUUCUCGAAACACACCUCAUAUGCUCUGUGGAUCGAUGCAAUCUGCAUUGACCAGGACAACGAACCAGUAAAGAUGGUUGAGCUUGUGAAGAUGGCGGAUAUAUACCGCGGGGCCCCAGCGGUGUUAUUCCUUGUACCGGAGAUAGACCAAACGACAAGCAGAGUCGUAGAGCAUGGAACCGGAAUGAUAGAUUUAGAUGUGUUCCAUGCACUUGAACAUGCUGGAGACACGCACGGGAUUCGACGGGCAGUGACACCGAAGAAAGACAACUUGCUGGGGCAAUUAUCCAGUUUUCGGGACUCGGUUCAUUCCAUGUCGAACGCAAUGAAGGUAUCCAUGCCGCUCGGGACAGCUGUAUCGAGCGCGUGGAGGCGCCAAUCUGCCGUCAUUCAUGACAUGGCGUACUCUCUGCUUGUGGAGAAAGUGUUCGCUGACCUUGUGGACAAAGCCAGCUUGAAGGGGGACUUUUCCUGGCUGAGAUGGAGCCACUUAGUCGACAGAGACGGCACAUGUGAAGGAAUGUCCAUGGUGCCCGUACCUGCAACUGUGUUAGCAACCCCUGCCAGUGCUAUCACGGAGUGGCGUUUUGUAGAAGUUCCUGAGAUAUGGCAAUCACAACCGGAAGACAUCAAGGGAAUUAUCAAAAUGCUCCAAAAGCUGUCAUACGGCUCCGAAAACAUAUGGAACUUGUUAUUUGGCCUGCACGUCGGAUUAGCGUGCGAUGUCGAUAGAGCCGUGGGAGGAUCUGGGCUGCAGAAUGUCAGGGAUUUGGCCAGUCUGGGAGAAAGUGCCGAUGUUAGAACUUACAAUGAGCUCACUGUGUUGCUGUAUGGCAGCAAAAAGACUCGCAACGUUCAUGGAAGUGCCGAUGGGCUUGCCGAUGUCCCAGACCGGCCAUUUCAGAGACGCCCUCCUGGGCUGGCUCAGGCAUUGCUCAACCUGACGACUGGAUACAUCGACGGCACAUUCAAAUUGGAGGACUCGGAGGAUGAUUUGUAUCAAUCCACCAUGCAGCAAAGACCAACAUCAGGGAAUCGGCGAGAACUAGGUUUUUGUAGCUAUAAAUGUGUUGACUUUGUUAUGGCCGUUUGCAAUUUCAACGACAUGGCAAUCAUGAAUUACAAGACCAGUGUAACCCUGAUGAACUAA